AACGUCUCAAUCUCAAAGAGAGUUUUUUAACUGAAGUUAGUGGUAUUUUUCGAAAUAUGUGUACAUGUGUGAAAAAGGUUAACAAUCUAGUGCUAACGAAAAUACCGAAAAUUUCAUGACAAUAAAACAACAACGCAUUGCUUAUGGUAUUGAUCAUGAAUUCAAAAAAGAUGAUUCCCAUAAUGACGAAAGAUCCCAGUGGUAAAGAGGGAGAAAGCAGAGCUCUUAUUAAAGUCAUGGACAGGCCAACAUUUAUCCUAAAAACGAGAGAGGGUGAGAACAGGGCUGUCUCUCCGAAUCACAGAAAUGGAAAUAAAAAAGAAUCCGACUCUCAUUCAAGUCUGUUGACAAAACCAAUUGAAACACGUCCAGUGUUGUCACCUUGUCCUGAACUGGCUGGUUGUAUAAAAUUUAUGGAUGAAAAUAUGCAGCUGUGUGAAAAUCCGCUCGAGUAUUUACAAGACCAGCAAGAUUUUUUGGUAGUUGGUUGCGUAGGUCUUCAAGGGGUUGGCAAAUCAACAAUCAUGUCCUACCUCACUUCUAGUUACGUGCCUGAUAUUUUUCCUACUCAAAAUUUAUCACAUCAUGAAAACGGCACUAAUUGCACUAAUGGCAUAGACUUCUAUAUCACAAAGAAUAGAGUCAUUUACUUGGAUACCCAACCGAUUUUGUCUGGAUCUAUGGUUGAUUAUUCAAAUUUUGAUCAGAAAAAAAAUUCAACCGAUUUCGUAGGCAAUGAAUUAAAUUUCGAGCUUCAGUCCUUGCAAUUUUUAGCAUUUUUGUUCUCAGUAUGCCAUGUUAUUAUUUUUGUUCAAGAUUGGUUUGUCGAUCCCAACUUACUACGAUUCCUUCAAGCAGCAGAGAUGCUGAAGCCUUCUUCUACUACAACUAUGGACCAGGAUUAUGUGGAGUACUAUCCACACAUAUUAUUUUUGCACAACAAAGCCGAAGUGCAGGACUUCAUGCCUGCUAAUAUAGAAAUGAUGAAGGAUUUUUAUAACAAAACUUUUUCCUCCUCUAAAUUGCAAACUCACAGUAGUCUCGAUAUGAAUUCUUGUUUUGUAGAUAAUCAGCUAAAUUUAUUUCUCUUUCCGCUUAUUUCAAAAAACACUAAACCAAUGUUUAUUGAAGAUGAAUAUAAAUUGACUGAUCAGUUAAAAAGGAAAAUACAUGGUGUUACAAGAAAUGCAAUGACCCCCUCUAAUUUGACUGAAAGGAAUUGGUAUCACUACGUUUCAAAAGUGGCGGAAGCUAUAAAGAAAAGUCAUCUUUCUUCUGAAUAUGGCAGACUAAUGCCCUGAACUGAAUAAGCAAUUUCUCUUUUUGACGAAGAUACAAACACAUGGCACAUGUCAUUUGCCUCAGAUGACAGUAGGUGGAUGAACUCGGUGCAGCAGUUCAGGAUGAGCUCGCGGGACUCAUUGGCAA